UCAGCUGUUUCACUUUUCCCCUGUGUGCAGGUCAUUUGUCAAGCUCCCCCUGAGCACUGUUUGUUUAACAACUGAAAAGAAAGCACUUCAUAUCACUCCAAAGAGUAAAUAUCUGAAGUUAUGGAUUAACUAAGUUCCAGCAGAGCUCAUGGUGGAAGAAUAGAUCACCCUGAUUCCCACUGAACAAAGCAGUGACUCCUGCUGCACGAUGUGGAAGCGCCUCGCCCUCACCCUGCUGCUGGCUGCCAGCUCUGCGUGGGUCUGCGGCACCUCAAUAUUUUACAACACUAAAGAUGCAAACCAAGUCCUGAGGAUCCAGAAGCGGGCAAACACUUUCCUGGAGGAGCUCAAGCCGGGCUCUGUGGAGCGGGAGUGCAUUGAAGAGCGCUGUGACUAUGAGGAGGCCAGUGAGAUAUUUGAAACCAAGGAAGCAACACUCGAUUUUUGGAGCAAGUAUGUAGAUGGAGAUCAGUGUGCGCCACAGCCUUGUUCCAAUGGCAUCUGCAAGGACUUCAUUGGAAAAUUUUCCUGCAUCUGUAACAAAGGCUGGGAGGGGGUUUUCUGCAAUUAUGAGGUGAAAUACACCAACUGCUCGGUGGAUAACGGAGGAUGUGACCAUUUCUGCAGGGAUGACCCUGCCACCCAGGGUCGCUCCUGCAGCUGCGCAUCGGGCUAUCAGCUGAUGAACGACCACGUCUCGUGCAAGCCUGUAGUGGAGUUCCCCUGUGGGAGAGUGAAGGUGGACGACAUGAAAGCCAAAGCAGACUUGAAUAUUCGGCUCAUUGAGGGAACAGCUGGAAGAAGGGGAGACAGCCCUUGGCAGGUUAUGCUGCAAAGUACAAGUGGGAAGUUUCUGUGUGGGGGUGUUCUCAUCCAUCCAGCUUGGGUCCUAACGGCAGCACACUGCCUGGACACAGAAAAGGAGCUCAAAGUAAGACUUGGUAAAUUCCUUUUCUAUCGUCGCGAUGCAGAUGAGCAAAUCAUUCGUGUCGAUAAGCAGGUGAUCCACGAGAACUACACCAAGGAGACGUCGGAUAACGACAUAGCCAUGCUGCACCUGGCCCAGCACGCCAUGUACUACAAAUACGCGCUGCCCAUCUGCCUGCCCACCCGCAACCUGGCCGAGCAGGAGCUCACCAAGAGCGGGAGGCAGAUGGUGGUGACCGGCUGGGGCAGCACGAGCGACGUUAACGUCAGCUACCCCACCUCCCUCCGCUACAUCGAGAUCCCCAUCGUGCCCCGCAACGAGUGUGCCCAGGCCAUGAUGUCUCCCAUCUCCGACAACAUGCUGUGUGCUGGGAGCCUGGGAGACAGGAAAGAUGCCUGCCUUGGGGACAGCGGGGGCCCCAUGUUCACCAAAUAUAAGGAUACUUGGUUUUUGGUAGGACUGGUGAGCUGGGGCGAAGGCUGUGGGAGAAGGGAGAAAUUUGGAGUCUACACCAAAGUUAGUCAGUACCUGGAGUGGAUCCAGCACCACAUAGAUGUGUCAGCUCCUUUGAAGGGUUGAUUCUGAGCCCGAGAGUCUGGAAUGUGACAGUAUGCAGUGUCAUGUCAGACCUUCAGUAUUAAAUAUGGAGCAUGUGUUAACCUCG